AUGACGGAUGCCAGCGGACGCGAGGCAGAUACACCGCAGAGGAAAUGGGGGAAAUGGGAGGGACACACCCACGGGAUGGAGGGAGGCACGGGCAGCGGCCACUCCCUCCGACGGAUGGUCCAUGCCUCUGUGCGAGGGAUACCCGAUCCAGGAGGAGGUUGCGUGCCGCUGUGUCCGGAGUCGUGGCUGGGGGCCAGGCAGAAUGAGAUGGGAAGCAGGGGAUCCAAGCUCGGCUCCAUCGAGACCCUCUGUUUCGGAUCCUGCCUCUCCAAUGCCGCUUCUUGGGAUGAGGAUGAGGAUGAGGAUGAGGGUGAGGGUAAGGAUAAGGGGAUGAGGAUGAGGAAGGCCAUGAUUGCCAAAGCCAAGGUUCCUUUCGUGUCCUCCCUCCUAAGUAACUCGAUACGGAUGCUAGACGAGGAACCAAGAACAAUGCCCCUCCGCUUUCUAUCCUUUGUCACUCUUCCGUUCGAUUACGUACCUAUGCCACCCACGGCGAAAUUGUUCCUUCGAUCGGUGCUGGUGGUAGGAUUGCUCACCGUGAUCAUCUACACUGCCUUUCUAGUCAACACAACCACCCAUCGCAGAGCCCAUCCAGGAUUGUUGCCGAGCAGAGUGAAACCGUCGAUCGGAAGAGAGAUCCAGUCGUACGAGACAGAGGAAGCCGGAGCAGGAACUCAGCAGCGCCGGCAGCAACCCCAGCAGCAACCCCAGCAGCAACCCCAGCAGCAACCCCAGCAGCAACCCCAGCAACCACAAACGCAACCACAAUCGCAACCCCAGACGCAGCCAGCGCAACAGCAACCCCCAGCCCCCCCGUCCCCCUCCGCAACGAUCGAAGAACUGCUCCACCCCCUGACGUUCCCCAUUCCGAGUCGAGAUUUGUGCUCGGGUGGGGAGGCACCAAAGCUUCUCAUCCUAGUCACGACGGGACCACAGAACGUGGAGAAACGUCGGGCCGUUCGGGACACCUGGGGACAUGUCGCCCUUCGCCGAGACGUCCGCCUCGCCUUCUUCGCUGCCCUCGCCCGGGACGUCGACCAAAACGUCCAGAAGACCUUGGAAGAGGAACAGCGGCUCUACGGUGACAUCAUCCAGGCGAAUUUCAUGGACCAUUACGAUAACCUGACGUUGAAGGCAGUGGCCAUGCUGGAAUGGACCCUCGAGCACUGUCCGAACGUCACGUUCCUGCUCAAAACGGACGACGACAUGUUCGUGAACCCGAGUCAGCUGUUGAGUUUCAUCGACUCGCACCGCGACGGGAAGAUGACGAUAUACGGGAGGCUGGCGGAGAAGUGGAAGCCUCAUCGGAAUUCAAACUCCAAAUGGUACUUGACCCAGAACGAGUACUCGGGGGAGAUGUUCCCGACGUUCGUGACCGGUCCCGCGUACCUCAUGACCAGUGACGCGUUGGGGAUCCUCUGGAAAGAGGCUCUGAAGCUGCGGUUCCUCCGACUGGAAGACGUCUUUCUCACCGGCAUCGUGGCCGGGAAAGUCGGCGUGAGCCGGGUCGGCGACGGCAAGUUCCUCAACGCGAAGCCGAAAACGACCAAAAGUGCCUGUGCGCUCAGGUCCUUCAUCAGCAUGCAUGACAUUCCCCGGAAGGAGUUUUAUAAUAUAUGGGAUUUCGUCAGUAAUCCCGAGCGGAAAUGCCCCGAGUCCGGGGGAACCAAAGAAGCCUAG